AGUAGAGAGCCCAACAUGGAGUGCGUUAUUUUGGAUGCGCUCGAGUCUUUAGGAUAUAAAGGUCCUCUUCUGGAUGAAGAUGCUCUUAAUAAAGCAACAGAAUGUGGGCUGGCUUCCCAAGAUUUCUGUGAGCUUUGUGUUUGGCUAAGUUCCAGAAUACAGCCAUUGUGUAAUCUGGAAGAAAGCAUCUCCUCAACAGCUGGUGGUGAAGAUGUUGAAAGUUUACAACUAGAAAUGAGUGGCUUUUUAAAAGAAUUGGCUUGUCCAUAUUCCACACUUGUGUCUGGAGAAAUUAAAGACCGGUUAAAAAAGAAAGAAGAUUGUGUUAAAGUCUUGUUAUUUUUAAGUACAGAACUUCAGGCCUUGCAGAUACUACAGUUUAAACAAUGUAAAGGUUCUCAUUUGGCAAAGAAUGAUGAAGUUCAUAAGGAAAUCCAGAUGAUCUGUGAUGUUUUAGGGGUGCCAAAAUCGUCAGCAUCUUCUGACUUGUAUUCUCUCCCUGUCUCAUUAAACAAUAUAGAGUCAAAGCUUAAGGAUGUUUUGUCAAAAGUUCCAAAAGCAUACAUGGAGAAACCUCUGCUAAAAACUCCUUUGAAUACAAACCAAAUGAAGCAGUUGGAAAAAAUCAAUGAGGCUCUUCUGACUGAAUAUGAAUGCCGCAGGCGGAUGUUAAUGAAGCGUUUAGAUGUAACUGUACAGUCCUUUGGGUGGUCUGAUAGAGCUAAGGUAAAAACGGAUGAUAUUGCAAGGAUUUAUCAACCCAAACGUUACGGACUUACUUCUAAAUCGACAAUUUCAAUAGCUCAUCUUCUAGCUGCUCGUGAAGAUUUGUCAAAGAUCAUAAGAACAAGCAGUGGAUCAACACGAGAAAAGACUAUUUGUGCAAUCAAUAAGGUCUUGAUGGGAAGAGUACCAGAUCGUGGUGGCAGACCAACAGAAAUUGAUCCGCCGCCUCCUGAAAUGCCCCCAUGGCAGAAGAGACAGGAUGGUGGUGGUAGAGGAGGCAGGGGAGGUUGGGGAGGAGAUGGUGGAAGAGGAAGAGGUGGAGGAAAUAGAGGAGGUGGUGGAUGGGGUGGGGAGAGUGGAUGGGGAGGAGGGAGUGGAUGGGGUGGGAGUGGUAGAGGGGGUGGGGGAAAUUGGAGGGGAGGGGGUAGAUAUCAAGGGAGGGGUGACUAUAGUGGGAGAGGAGGAUAUGGGGAGUCAUAUGGUAGAAGAGGGGGUUAUAGGAAAUACUAACAUCUUAACAUUGCAUACCUUGAGAGCAAUGUCUCAGAAUACAUUAUCGC